AUAAAAUAAAAUAUAAAAUUGUCUAUAGCUAACCUAAGCAGUGUUUUAAAUUUUAUAAACAUAAAUUUGUAAGAUUUGUAUUUAAUAUUAAUAAAUAAUGGCUGGAACAUUAUUUCGUUCCUUGUUUAAUACUGCUUUAAUUCUUCAUAAACCCAAUGUUACGACUUUAAAAUCUAUACACACUGGACCAGUAUAUUAUGCUGCUCGUAAAGGAACUCGAGCUAAGGCUCGUGCGAAAAAAGUCAAAGUCGAGAUCACGAAAAUUGGUUUUAUCCCACAUAACCAAAGAGGAAAAAAUAGAGUUACUAAAGCUCAGGUGAACAAGCAUUUAGAUUAUGCAUUUAAAAUGGAAUCAAAAGACGAUGUGUACCCUAUGCGGUACUAUCGCUGGUUGACAUAUACCACUGAGGAUGCUAUCGAAGCACAUAAGGAAACUCAUGACCCAACUAUGUAUAAUGCUUUAGAUUCAUUUGUGUUCGCACAAAUUGAAUUUAACAUGGAAGCUGUUAAAAAGAAUCGUUAUUUAGACAACAUUGUACGUCUCACAUUACUGCCCCAUUUCUUCCAACGCGAUGAGGAAAGAACCAUCCUUGCUUUUUGUAAGGGACCAGAGCUAAUCAAGCAGGUCGCAGAGGCAGGAGCCACUACUGUUGGUAGUACAGAGUUAGUUAAGAAGAUCCAGGAAGGCACAAUCAAACUAAGCGAUUAUGACUAUGUAAUAGCUCAUCCAAAUAUCUUAACAGAUCUCGUUCCAAUUCGUGGUCUGAUGAAGAGACGGUUCCCAAAUGUGCGUUCUGGCACCCUAGAUCCUAACAUCUGUGAACUAGUGAAGAAAUUUGCAGCCGGCAUCCAGUACAGGGUUGUUAAAGAUGAGCAUCAGCAAAACUAUGGCUCUGUAGAAGUUCCCGUUGGACGAUUGAAUAUGGAAACGAAGCAAAUUACAGAAAAUAUUGAUGCCUUAUUAAAAGAUAUACAAUCUAUACGACCUAAACGAGAUGGACUUUUUAUUACAAGAUGCUAUCUAAUAAGUCCACCAUCACCUGAAAAGCUUAAAAUUGAUCCAUUUGUGCAUGUUGAUCGUGAAUUAUCAAAGGAAGUUCAAGAGGAUAGUGACAAUGAAGAUGAAGUAGUUGCCGCUAAAGCUUAAAUUAAUUAUGUUUGUAUGUAGUAAUUAUAUUAGAUUAGCUGGUUAUUAAAAAUACAUAAUUUUAA